GUUAGGCGACUUCGGGCGGGCGAUAGUGUUGGUUACAGGACCUCCGCGUCUGCAGCCUUUGACACGUGACGAUAACCGAGUACUACUUCACCCUCAAAAUGAAGAUUGGAGCUGAAAAUAAAGGAGAUAGUCGAACACCUAAGAUUACAGAACACUAUUCCCCGUGGAUUAAUGAGACUCCAAUGAAACCUUCUCAGAUCGCUAAUUGCCUCGUGGCCCCGCCCAGGAGAAUGUUGCCGUUCCCCAGCCCAGACUCGUGCCAGCGCUACAUCUCGUCUUCGCCGUACCAGCCUUCCUAUCGUCCAACGUCGGUUCGCGCAUCGGAGUCGCAUCAUCAGGAGCACCGCAAGUCCCUGUCGGGGUUGCGACCGCAACCUGUGCAGCGGCCCCAACCUCCAGUCACUGUUACUACAGUUGCCAACAAGCACGAUGGGUCGAAAGUCUGCCGACCGAGUGUUUCCCAAGUCGAAUCCCCUCACCCCAGGAAGCAUUUAAGCACCCGUUCACUAUCAGCUCACAUCGGGAGACAGCAUAAAUCUGUGGCGGCAUCUGACUCAGGAAGACACGCCAGUCUACAAAGACUAGCGUCAACAAAGGAAUGUUUGCAAACACCUCCGAUUGGAAAAGCCAUUCCAGCAGUGAGCUUGGACCACUCCUCUCAGAAGCGGCACAGGGAAUCCAAGGACAGAGAUGGCAGCGUCAAAAAGCUUUGUCUCCGAGUAGAGCCUCCAAAUCUGCCGCAGAAAAGCCCUCUUCGCAAGUCACCUGUGGCACAGCCUAAUGUUUCAAAUGAACGGUCUCCAUGCUUUGAUCCAUCGUCCACAUCCGAGCCCGCCCAAUCGUCCUACACGCCGUCCAAACCAGCUGUAACCAGACAAACGUUUUUAGGGGCAAAGCAACUCCAGAUACAUUCCAGUGAUGGUGAAAUGAUCCAGUUGAGAUCCCCUGCCAAUCGCAACGGAGAAGUUUUCAAGAAAACAAGUGAGGGAUGCAACACAAAUGAAAAAGCAAAUGCUGUCGUCCACCUGAAAAACAGCAAUUCUUCUCACUUCAGCCAUUGUCCUCGGGAUCCCCAACACAGUUCCUCGGAGUCCUCAGUUAGGACUCCGAUACGCAAGUCUCACAGCGUUCCUCACGAAGCACCCAAUUGUUCUCUGAGCAUUCCGCUGGCCAAACGGAACAAAAUGGACCACCGGAGAAGGACCGUUGACAUUCCCAACGACUAUGACAAAUCGUUCAGCCCAGAUAUCGUCCUCAGCCCUGUGGACAAGACCGACAAAACCAAACCAGAUAGGGAGACAGAGAAAAGACCGCCAGGAUACAGUUUAAAUACCGUCCAAAGUUCUGAGAACACUUGUAGUAAGCGUGAAGACUCACGAUUUGCAAAAGUUCACACAUUAUUAAAAGACUGCCAUGUUUCCUUGCCUAAUGUGUCGUUCUUAACACUAAAGAUGGAAAAUACCAUAUCCCUUUGCUCCAUAGGCAGUAGGCCUAAAUCCAAAGAUUGCCCUGUCCCAACUUCACGCAGUCACUCGACGGAUGAGAGCCUUAAACGUGACGAAAAAAACAAAGCUGUUCUGACCGAGCGACCCUCCAAUUCCCCUCUGAUCAAGAGAAGGGAAGGGCACACAUCACCCACGUAUAAAGCAGAUUCUAUGGAUGAGGACCUGGACUUGGGCCUGGGUAUUGCCCUCGAAGUGGACUCAAGCCAGACCUCCAACAGCAGCGAGGAGGAGCAGCUGCUGUCCUGGCAGGAGAUCAUGAACCACGUUCCCAAUGGUCCAGUGACACCGGACAAGGCGACUACCUUCUCGGAGCCGAGCACAACUGGAUGUUCCAGCAAUGCCUAUAAAGCUCAGCCAACCAUCACAAGAAGAGGGUGCUACAAAAACAGCCUGGACCAGAUGCUUAAAGAGAGAGACACCCAGAAAAGGGCGAGAGAGAAUGAGGCACAGCUACGUACCUCGUGCGAUGAGGAGCUGUUGAAAGUAGAAGAGUACCAUGAGGAGGAGAACCGCGACAAGGCAUCCAGUGAACAACAGGAGUUCCUGCAGCGCUACUCGUUGGAGUCCAGCGCUAUCAGGGAGGUGCCUCCGGGAGAAGUAGUGUUCCACCUUGACAAGUUUGGCCAUAUCUUCAGUCAGGAUUCUCUGCAGCUCAGACGGUGUGCGGUCAAACCGCAGACCACCCUGCAGAAAACACUUCUAUGGUCCAGCCCGGCUCAGCUGAGACAUCACGUGAAUAUCGGCUUGUUCCAGGAAGCUUACAGUUGUCACUUGCCCUGCCCGACCCAAGUUACAGAUUUCCUAUUCAAGAUGAUGUCGGUGCAUUCUGAGAGGAUUUUGUCUGAAAAGAUACUCCAGGCUCUCUGUGACAUCGCAAAAUCGGCUGCCUAUAAUAUUGUGAAAAAAAGAAGCCAAGUGUUUAACGUGUGGAUGCCUGCUUUGGCUGACUUAACUUUGGUGCUCAUGAACAUGGGCGUCACGUUUGUGACGCUGUUCCCGUUUGAACACCUGCAGCCUGCGUUCACCGAGGGAGAUUUGCUAAAGAAUGUCAUUCUUCAAAGUGAAUGUCCCUCCUUCAAUAAGGAAUGGAGCACAUUCCCGGAACACAACUGUAACAACAUAUUUAAGUACCUGACAUACUGCAUGAGGAUGUGUCCAGCAGUGUACAGCGACUAUGAGCUGCUCUUGCUGUUGACCGUGAUGGCUCGAGUGGCUCUGGACGCUCACUUCAUCCCCUUGCCCGGUGUGGAGAUUAACAUACUGCUGUGUAACAUAGUGGAAAACAUCAGGGACUGGGAUACAAUGCUCCCCAGAAUCUGCCAGGCCCUCACCGACCUGACAGACGACCACCACAACAUGUGCCAUCUGGUUCAACUGCUGCCUAACAACACUCUCGGGAAAUGCCUUCGCCAGCAUCUUAGUCUUUCGAUGAUCUCAAAACUCUUAGACGGAACGUGUAGAUACAGGCCAACUGGAAGAGAAUUUAAGCUCGCUGCACUCAGACCGUACGUGCCCACUAUGCAACCCGCAUCCCUCCGCCGUUUCAUUUUGAACACAUCAAACAGAAAUUCCACACAGGAUGAUGUGGCAUUAGAUCAGCAGUCCUACUACCUCUGCUACAGCCUGCUGACCUUGACAAACACAUCCUCUGAGUUCACGUUGUUCCCGACCCAUCAGAAGGAGUAUCUGCUGAAUCUGUGCUCGGAUCUGAGAACUCACGUCAUCGGUCACAUCAGAGAAAGCGAAAAGUGGCUUUACAGGAGCAAGGUGAAGGAUCUGCUGGCCAGGAUCUAUACCAACUGGCAGAUGACCCUCCACCGCAUUCAGCCUCUCAAUUCUCAGCUUUGUGACUACUGGAAGCCCUCGUCCGUGGGAACCUUGAUGCACAGCCAACAGGAGUCAGACGGUUACCGUGGGCGCUGCACAGGAAGAGAGGAUGCCGAAGAAGUAGUUAAAGGAGGUGGAGGCGAGGGGUUGGCGUGAUGACUUCACCUCCGCCGGGGAGGAAGCGGGAGAUGGCGCAAAUCAGUCGCCAAUCUGAGGGCUUGGAUUUGUACGUUUUUAUGCCAUUUUAACAUUUAGUUUAUGGGUCAUUAGCCUUAAUAUUACGACUUGAUUUGCACUGUUAAGCCUGAAUCCGGACUUGAAUUAUUAAUGUCUGGAUUGCACGCUUAAUGCCCAUAAUAUUAGGUACCCCUGAGCAGUCUAAAUGGCAUCGAAUAUGAGAGUAUUAUAAUUCCUUUCAGGUAUUUAAUGUGUGUUAUUGUGGAUUGCAGUGUUGUUCGACUGGCUCUCACUGUAAUGUUCAGGCAUGCCUCAUGUUUUAGCAACUAAUUUUAGAAGCGGUCAUGCUCCAUUGGGUUAACUCAGGAAGUUAAAAUGACCAUUUAAUGUUUUUAUUUAUUUUUUUACAUUUGUGUAUAUUAUAGGAAAUGUGUUUGUCAAAAAUGUUUGCUCCUGAAAGAAAAAUAAACAUAUCAAGAAGAGAAAAAUUAUUUCCUGAAGGGUGAAAUAAGGUUGUCAGCUUUUCCCUACUGUUAAUAUACAGGGGACUUCCACAGUUUGUCACCCGCAGAUUCACCUCUGCGGAUAUUUUUUCAAUUUUUAUUUCAAUAAUUAUUUUUGUUUCCAUUUGGGUAGGGGAACCAAUCGAAAAGAUCCUUACUGGUGUUUUACCCCAGUUUAUUCCAGAUAUUUGAGUGCUUAUAAACAAAUAGUUUUUUUAAAAAAUGCAAUUCUAAUAGCUGGUAAUUACAUGCAGAUUUUCUCUAUUCGCAAUCAAGCCUGGUCCCUUUCCCCAGAGAAUAGCGGGGGCUCCACUGUACAGAAUUUUGUUCAAUAAGAAAAAAAGAUGUAUAUAAUUUCAAAAUGAGCCGUGGCUUGUUUUGUGUAAGAAUGUUACUGUUGACUACAGUUUUACUCAACAUGUACUUUUGGGUUAAUUAUCUAUUUGUAAUGAUCAAAAUGCUCUUUUGUUUUUAUAAGAAUAUUUGUUGGCAAAUACAGAAAAUAAACGAUACUACUUUGUUCAA